AUGAAAAGCAUAAAAUCAUGUGUAACUUGUUUGUUAUUUUUUUAUAUACAAAUAUGGUCUAAUUGUUUAUUUUGUUAUGGAUAUAAUAUAAAUAAGAAUUUGGGGGUGAAUCCUUUUAGCCUUAUAAGAAAAAAAAACCUUCCACAAGAAAAAUUCAAAAGACAGAUUAUAAAAGUUCAAAAUGAAGGAAAAGAAAAUAUUUUUACACAAGAUGGAAAUACAAAUACUAUCAAGGAGGAUAAAACAAAACAAACAAAAACGAAUAUUGAUAUAAAAAAUAAAAUAGAGAAAGAAAAAAUAGAAAUUAACGAAAUUCUAAAGAAAAGUGAAAAUAUACUUUUAGAAAGGUCUUUCUCUUUUCACAAAGAGGACAUAACUAUUAAACCGGAACUACUAAAAGAGUUGAUUACUCAGAAAUAUAGGAAAAUAUUUCAAAGACACGACAAAGAUUGUGGGAGUAGCGAAAUUCAAAUUAUCAUUUUGACGUUUAAAAUUUUUUUCCUUACAGAACAUAUGAAGAAAAAUAAAAAGGAUUUCGCUUGCUUGAGAGGACUAUUCAAAUGUGUUAGUAAACGAAGAAGAUUAUUAGUUUACCUAGGAAAGAAAGAUAGAGAAAUGUUUGAAAAAAUUACUAGUUAUUUUAAUAUUAAAAAACCUUUACUUCCUAGAACUCCAGAAUAUUAUAACAAGGAUUUAAAAUAUAUUCAUUUUAAUAAUACCAAAAGAUUUAAAAAUAAUGCUGAGAAAAAGAAAAAGGACAAACUCAAAAAGAAAAAAGUGCAAACAGAUAAAAUUUUAUUUGGAAAUUAA